CCUCAUUCCUUCAUUCCCCCUUUUCCCCUCUCUGCCUCCUCCUCCUCCCUCUCUGCUCCUCUGCACCCCCCAUCAUCAUGCUCUCCGGCAUUCUCAUCUUCAAUCAAAAGGGCGAGAACCUGAUUUUCCGCGCCUUCCGCAGCGACUGUCGCCCGCGCCUCGCCGACAUCUUCCGCAUCCAGGUCAUCUCCAACCCCCAGGUCCGCUCGCCCAUCUUGACCCUGGGAUCCACGACCUUCAGCCAUGUCAAACACGAGAACAUCUACCUGGUCGCCGUGACCAAGAGCAACGCCAAUGCCGCCCUCGUAUUCGAGUUCCUCUACCGCCUCGUCAUGCUGGGGAAGAGCUACUUCGGGAAGCUCGACGAGGAGGCCGUGAAGAACAACUUUGUCCUGAUCUACGAAUUGCUAGAUGAAAUCCUCGACUUUGGCUACCCCCAAAACACCGAGACCGACACCCUGAAAAUGUACAUCACCACCGAAGGCGUCAAAUCCGCCAUUGCCAACUCCGCUACCGACUCCAGCCGCAUCACCAUGCAAGCCACUGGCGCACUCUCCUGGCGCCGUUCCGACGUCAAAUACCGCAAGAAUGAAGCCUUCGUCGACGUGAUUGAAGACGUGAACCUUCUCAUGUCCGCAACGGGCACUGUCCUCCGCGCCGACGUCAACGGUCAGAUCGUCAUGCGAGCCUACCUGUCCGGCACCCCCGAGUGCAAAUUCGGCCUCAACGAUCGCUUGCUCCUCGACACCGAUGCCGCCGGCUCCUCUACCCCCGGCAACCGCGACGGCACCAUGAAGGCCACCCGCGCUGCCGCAGGCUCCGUCACCCUCGAAGACUGUCAGUUCCAUCAGUGCGUCAAGCUGGGUCGCUUCGACGCGGAUCGUAUCAUCUCCUUCGUGCCGCCAGAUGGCGAGUUCGAACUCAUGCGCUACCGAGCCACCGAGAACGUCAACCUCCCCUUCAAGGUCCAUCCGAUCGUUCGGGAAGUCGGCACAACCAAGGUGGAGUACAGCGUUGCCAUAAAGGCCAACUACAGCUCGAAACUCUUUGCGACAAACGUGGUGAUUCGCAUUCCGACACCGCUGAACACAGCCAAGACCACCGAACGCACCAGUCAGGGUCGGGCGAAGUACGAGCCCGAACAUAAUAAUAUCGUCUGGAAAAUCGCGAGGUUCUCUGGUGGAAGCGAGUACGUGCUGACGGCGGAGGCAACAUUGACGAGCAUGACACAUCAGAAAGCGUGGAGUCGGCCGCCGCUCAGCCUGUCGUUUAGUCUGCUCAUGUUCACCAGUAGUGGGUUACUGGUGCGGUAUCUGAAGGUGUUUGAGAAAAGCAACUACAGCAGUGUGAAGUGGGUGCGGUACAUGACUCGCGCGGGUAGUUAUGAAAUCCGAUUCUAGUCUACUUGUUACUGCAGGCAGGGAGGGGCAGAGGCAAGGUAUGGUAGGGUAGCCGGUGGUUUGACAUCCCGAUUGCAUACCCGAUCGAAACUUGCUAUUCGUUACCGACGUUGAGCUUGGUGUUCUGGCGUUGACGUUUUCAUAUUGGGUGUAUCUCUCUCAUACUCGUUUCCUGUUAGUGCACAUAGGGCUGAUGCAUGCAUUGCAUAACUGGGUUGGUCUGGCUGUUGCGGAUGGAUAAAUGGAUUGACGUUUAGAGGUAUAGUUAACAACUGCCUAGUAUAUAGAUUACUAUUAGCUUCUUCCUAUCGUCUGUGAUAAACCCC